GGACUGGGGAUGUUUUCAAACCCAGCAAUAAACUGGACGUCACACAUAGCCCGUAGUCUAGCUACUGUUCAUGUUCAAUAUUUUGGGAAAUUACUGUUUUACAAGCUACGUAGUUUUAUCUUCACGAUCUGAAUGAACAGGCAGAACCUGAUGGGCAUUGAAAAGGUCCAUGAUGAGUGUGCUGGGCCGUAGCUAGUCACGCGGUGGGAGGGAGGACGCCCAGGAUGGCGUCCGCACCACCAGCACAAUGCGCCAUGGCCAAACCUGGGACAGACCGAGAUGGAGCCAUGGUUGGGAAGAAGAACAAAGAUAAGAUUUCCCCGUUCACAAAGACUCUGAAGCUGGACCGGAGUAAGUUGUUGGGGGUUAAGGAAGGAAAACCACCCAAGUCUUCCAUGAAACGCAAACUGUCCUUCACCAUGAGCCCCCCUCGCAACGAGGAGAGACACUCCGACACAGUAGAUGAGUCAGUCCCAGACCAGUCCACUGAGUCCUGGGGAGAGUCUGAGGGGAGGUUAGUGACUCCCUGCAGGAUGUACUCAGCAGAUAAAGAUGGCCCGGAUAAGAAGAAAGUCAAGAAGGAGUCUGGGGGGAGUAAGAAGGCCCCGGUUAAUCUCCUGUUUGGCUACCCGCUGUCGGAACGCAAGCAGAUGGCCCUCCUGAUGCAGAUGACCGCCAGGGACAACAGCCCAGACUCUACCCCUAGCCACCCGUCCCAGGCCCCCACGGUGCAGAAGAAGCUCCCUAGCAGCACGGCCUCCAGAGCGAGGGACAAGGUGAACAAGAGGAACGAGCGUGGCGAGACGCCGCUACACAUGGCUGCCAUACGAGGGGAUGCCAAACAGGUCAAGGAGCUUAUCAGCCUCGGAGCUGACGUCAACAUUAAAGACUUCGCGGGCUGGACGCCCCUUCACGAGGCGUGUAACCUUGGUUUCUUCGACGUGGCCAAGGUUCUGAUUGCAGCCGGAGCAGAAGUCAACACUCAGGGUCUGGAUGACGACACUCCGCUCCACGAUGCCUCCAGCAGUGGACACACAGACAUUGUCAAACUGCUGCUGACACACGGAGGAAAUGCGUUCCAGGCCAACAAGCGAGGGGAGCGACCUGUAGACGUAGCUGAUUCUCAGGCGCUGGAGCUCCUCCUUAAGGGAGAGGUGCCCCUCUCAGACCCAGAGGAUAGCCCCUCAGAGUCAGAAGGCCCUCCGUCGGUGAACCCGUCCAGCGUGGACGUUGAUGACGACCACCUGGAUGACUCGGACGUGGGAAAGGACUCUGACGGAAAGCAGAGCACCGUGAAGGCCCCAUCCUCCAUGUCCGGCCUGGAUGAGUAUGAGUUCAAAGACGAAGAGGACUUGAGUAAAGCCCUGAACGAUCGACACAUCCUCCGGAGAGAGCUGAGGGAGAAGGAAAGGAAUCAUUUGGUGAAGCAGAGCAAUAAAGGGGGCGGGAGCGGCUCGGUCCAGUCCUCGAAGUCUAAGAAGACGAAGACGUCGUCCCGUGUUCGCUACUGCAGCUCGGAUAGUUCCAGUGAUGAGAUGGAGAUGCCAACAGAGAGAAGGAGCUCUCCGACCUGCUCCAACGGCUCUGAGGGACACAAGGCGUCAGACGCCAGCAGGACUAAGAAAGAGAACCUCUGCAGCCUCACGACUUCCGAACAGAAAGACAAAAGCAGCAAAGUCAAGAAAAAGAACAAGAACCAGAGCAAGAACAAGGAGAACCAGGAGGACGAGAAGGAGAACAGCAAAGCUCUGGUGUUUUCCGUAGCCACCGUGUCUGUGUCGGAGACGCACAUGGACAAGAACAGCCGAGGACUCUGUGGGGACGAGGACUCGUUCAAAAUCUCCUUCAGUCCCAAGGACGACUCGUCCGUCCACCUUUUCCACCUGUCUGCCACCGUCAAGUCCCCUAAGCUCAACUACGGUCUGGCCGACAAGCAGCCGUCCUCCAACCCGCUCAAACAGGAGAACGCCAAGAUGACGUGCGUCUCGAUUGCCGAAGGCCCCUGUCCGCCAGAUGGUGUCAAGUACAACCACUACAACCCAGAGUCUGAGUUCUGCACGGAGAGCUCCAGUAGUAAAGGCUGCAAGCACAAGGAGAAGAGCAAGCACCACCAGAAGGACGUCGCCGUGGACUGUAGCGUCGGGGGCGGCGGCUCCAGUCCGCAUAAUAAAGAACGCAGCGUGGUCCACAGCUCUGACGGUGGUGCCUUACAGAAGACGGACAAAUAUGGCAAAGUGGUCAAAAAACAUAAACUAAAACACAAGGAGAAGAACAACCACUGCAGGGAGUAUGAGGCGGACAGGGAGCGGAACCGCCACCGGCAGAAGGAGGGCGGCAGGAAGGACGGCCAAAAGAACCAGGAGUUCGACAGGGAGUUCUGGAAAGAGAACUUCUUCAAUGAUGACGAACCUCCGCCUCCAGGGAAAACUGAGACCGAGAGGGAGGACGGCUCUCCUGUGAAGGAAGAGAGGGGGACGAAAGAAAUAUACCUCUCUAGCAUCAGUAAGGAGACGAGGCUGAGAGAGGUGCAAGAGAAGGAUAAAGACAAGGUGGUGAAGAAGGAAGGGAAGGAAACCUCUGCUGUCUGUAAAGAGAAAGGAGGAAAAGAUGGGAAGCCCAUUGAGCGUGAGGAGAGGACAGAGUGCUCUACCUCUGGAUGGACUACCUCUCUUCCUGAGGAGACGCAGCAUAACACUACAAGCGUGAAAGAUGAACCGGAGGAUAAACCGGUAACGGAGACCAAGUCUACGGCUGAUCUAGCCCGACUGGAUGCCUCUGCGAAAGACCAGCGGGACAAAUCUGACAGGAGGCCUUCUGUAAAAGAACGGGAGACUGAUAAAAAGAAUCCCGAUAAGGAGAAGAAGGUUAAGAUGGAGCACCUGGAGAAAUCAGAGAAUUCGCUAAAUUCCAUGGAUCGCUGGAGGGAGAAGGAGAGGAUGGUGUCUGGCUCAUCUCAUUUGUCCCCUGGUGACAAGAACCACAAGGAGAGCGAAAAGCUCAGAGCCUUGUCCACGACAAAAAAACACGAAGAGAGCAAGGACAAGAAGAGCAAAGAGAAGCCUGAUAAGAAGAGCGAGAGGGAGAGGCAGGAGAGGGAGUACAGAGACAAAGAUAGGAUAGGCUGGGAUAACAAAGGAAAACCACCUUCAGAGAAAUGCACUGAUCAAAGUAAAUUGGAUCGUGCUAAGGAGAAAGACAAAGACUGCGAUAAGAAGAAAAAGGAAAAAUCUAAAGACGGCUCUUCAUCUUCCUCCAGCUCUAACCUGAAGCUCCCCUUGGAGGAGAAGAAAGGCUAUGUGUCUGAAAGUGGCAAGACCACACCAGCAAAACUGCUAAAGGAGGAGGUCCUGAAAACGCCAGAGAAAGACCGAGACCGAAGAGACAGAGAAUCCAGAGACUUUGACCGGCACAGAGAUCGAGACAAAGAUCGUCACAAGAGCGACAAGGACCGUUCCAAGGCCUGUAAGACCAAAUCCAACGAGACUGAGACUGACCGAGACAACAGGUCCAAAGCUAAAGCCUCGCCUGCCACCCGGGAAGAGAAGCGACCCAAAGAGAAACGUCUGGUCAACGAGGACCUGAGGCAGACCAGUUUCGAACGAAUGCUGAGUCUGAAGGACCAGGAGAUUGAACAGUGGCACCGGAAGCAUCUAGAAAAGAUCAAACAGAAGGAGAGAGAGAGGAUGAAACAACGACCCUCCUCUACGACAACAGACCCAGGGAAGCUCAAAAGCAAAGCCAAGACGAUGUCCUUGUCAUCUGGAGAACAGUGUUCGAGCAAAGAACUGCUUCGAUCCAAGAGCUCCGAAGGAUCUGGCGACGCUCAUGGCCGGGACCGAGACAAACCUAUAAAGGAGAGCACCAGCUCCAGGACCAUGUCCCUAGACGGGAAAACACUCUCCUCCCUCAGUGGGAAGUUGAUGGCUGGUAUUGAGAACAGCUUGAGCAGGUCCCCCAGGCCGGAGAGCGAGCGGGCGGGUCUCAUGUCCAGGUCCGUGUCGAUGUUCUCCAUGGCCAGUUCUGAGGACUCCAGUCAGGCAACCAUGUUGACGCCGAGACCCGUAGAGUACGACUCGGAUAUGACCCUGGAUGCCUCCCAGGACUCUCAGCCGCUUUUCCUACUGUCUUCCCUCCUCUCACAGUCUAGAUCACCUGCCAUUCACGACAAAGACCACAACGGUCUUCCAGACUCAGCGCAAGGUAACAGGACUCUGCUGCAGAGCCGACACACUUCCCCUUACCUUAUAGCUAUUCUGGACGAGGAAGCAAACUCUGCGACGGCAGCUAAACAUUUUGAAACUCUGUCAAAGGCCAGCGUGGUGCCUGCUGCUCAACCAAAUGAAGAGCCUUCAGCUUUUCAGCCUCCUUCAGAAACCUGUGCAGAUCUGGAGGAGAGCCAGAGUCAAAGGGGUCCUACUCAGAUGCUUCCAAAUCUCUCUAAUGCAAGGACAUAUGCAGAUCUCAACACUGAGAGUGAAGGUAACACCGCUCCAAGAACCGAUGCAGAUCUCAACACUGAGAGUGAAGGGAACACCGCUCCAAGAACCGAUGCAGAUCUCAACACUGAGAGCGAAGGGAACACCACUCCAAGAACCGAUGCAGAUCUCAACACUGAGAGCGAAGGGAACACCGCUUCAGGUGUCCAUCUUCCACCUCAAGCGUCCAACACCAGAGAUCCUCACGUAAAGGACUCCUCAACACUUCAACGGGCUAGUGUCCAACAGCUAGUUACGCCAGAACAGAGAGGGUUUUCUUCCACCUCUGAUCCUCUCCUAAUACGGGACGUCCAGUGUAUCCCUGUAGAGACUUCCAGUGCGGCGCCCGAAUGUAGCAUGAAAGACCUGCCCUCUGAGGACAUGACGCCACUGGUGACAUUAUCUUCUCUAUCCUGUCAACUGCCGUUCUCCAGCACCGAAACCACCUCAUCUCACUCUGCUAGCCAGUCACGGGAAACCCUUCCAAACACCAGUACGGUGACCUCACAGCAGACGAAGACAGAGAUUGGUGGAGAUUUGGCUCUUGAUCCUAAAGAUACAACUCCAGUUGAGAGUGCAGCCAGCAGCUCUGAAAACAGAGCAGCUGUAGAGAGCCUUGACAGUGUGUUAGGAGCGUCUAGACCAGGAGCAAUGGACAACCCAGUAGCCUCCACCAGCAGUGUUAGUACAGAGGAAUCUAUGCAGAGUAGAACCAAUGAAUCUCAAGAGGACAUGGACACUGACGCAAGCUUUCAGGAUUAUAAGCAAUCCAGAUUCUCCAGUGACGUUGUCGACUCCAGCGAUCCUCAACCGGGGAAAAACGAUCUUGCUAGCCAGCAUACACUGUCUACUGUGUCGCGAUGGCCGUGCCUUGAACACAAAUCGGAAGAAACUUCUGAUACACCUGACAACACAUUGGAGAAGAGCAGAGGUCCUGAGGUCAUGUCAACAGGAAGGACUAGUUGUCGGUCUUUGUCAGAGGGCAGUAAUAUGGUCACCGUCCCUGAGGUGAAAUUAGAGCCAUGCCCAGAGCCAGUGGAAGUCGCAUCUACCUCUGAGGAGAGAUCAGAAGGACAGACACUGUCCGGUGCUUCUGGACAGUUUAGUAACUUCCAGCAAGGCUCGCAGACAGACCAGAGUGGUAGUAGUGGUAGUUACAGCUGCAGUGGGUUUUCUGCUAGCUCUUCCCCCCAGUCUGGGGACAGAGACUCUGACUCCUCCGGGGCUAAGGCCAAGGUCCGCUCCGUAACCAUGGAAGAGGACCAGGACCUCCAGCAGACCCACCCCAGGAAGAGGAAAAUGCCAAGGAUGUCUACCUCAAACCAGGCCGGAGGCAGCACACAACAGGGGAUGGAGAAGCCUCAACCGUCUCUGGCGGCCAUCGUUGACUCUCUGAAGCUGGAGGAGAUUCAGCCGUACCAGACGGAGAGGGCCAACCCUUACUACGAGUUCCUGCACAUCCGCAAGAAGAUCGAGGAUAACCGCAAAGUGCUGCUGAGCGUCAUCCCCCAGCCGCCGCAGUAUUACGACGAAUACGUGACGUUUACAGGAUCGUACCUGCUAGACGGGAACCCCUUCGGCAAACUCUGUAUUCCGACUAUAACUCCCCCUCCGUCUCUACCGGACCAACUGAAGGAGAUGUUUAAACAACAGGAAGUCGUUCGUAUGAAGCUACGCUUGCAACACAGCAUUGAACGGGAAAAGUUAAUUGUUUCCAACGAACAGGAAGUGUUACGAGUUCACUACCGGGCUGCCAGAACACUAGCCAAUCAGACGCUCCCGUUUAGUGCGUGCACCGUGCUAUUGGACGCCGAGGUGUACAACAUGCCGCAGGAUGCCCAGGCAAGUGGCAUGAUGUCACGUACUGUAGAAUCAGGAGACCAAGAUGGCAAGACGUCUGUGAGGGAUCGUUUCAACGCCCGCCAGUUUAUGUCCUGGUUGCAAGACGUGGACGACAAGUUCGAUAAACUCAAGACGUGUCUUCUGAUGAGGCAGCAGCACGAGGCAGCAGCUCUUAAUGCUGUCCAGCGUCUCCAUUGGCAGCUGAAACUCCAGGAGCUGGAUCCAGUCGUGUACAAGUCCACCUCCAUCUUCGAGAUACCCGAGUUCUACAUCCCCCUGGUAGAGGUCAACGACGACUUUGACCUCACGCCCAUAUGACCCGUGACCUUUAGGCUACACGACCCACGGUAAGGGUCAGGCAGAGGACUGAUGAGGACGGAUCAUCUAGUGGCCAACUACCUCGAACAGGAAUGAAGUGAUGGAGGGGGUCACAUGUUAGAAGGAAUGAAGUAGAGAAAAGAAAGGUCAAGCACUGAAGUUGCCGGAACUUGGGGGUGCCGCUCUUGGGGGUGCGUGGUUAGAGAGCACUGCUCUUGGGGGUGCGUGGUUAGAGAGCACUGCUCUUGGGGGUGCGUGGUUAGAGAGCACUGCUCUUGGGGGUGCGUGGUUAGAGAGCACCGCUCUUGGGGGUGCGUGGUUAGAGAGCACCGCUCUUCGGGGGUGCGUGGUUAGAGAGCACCGCUCUUCGGGGGUGCGUGGUUAGAGAGCACCGCUCUUCGGGGGUGCGUGGUUAGAGAGCACCGCUCUUCGGGGGUGCGUGGUUAGAGAGCACCGCUCUUCGGGGGUGCGUGGUUAGAGAGCACCGCUCUUCGGGGGUGCGUGGUUAGAGAGCACCGCUCUUCGGGGGUGCGUGGUUAGAGAGCACCGCUCUUCGGGGGUGCGUGGUUAGAGAGCACCGCUCUUGGGGGUGCGUGGUUAGAGAGCACUGCUCUUGGGGGGUGCGUGGUUAGAGAGCACUGCUCUUGGGGGUGCGUGGUUAGAGAGCACUGCUCUUGGGGGGUGCGUGGUUAGAGAGCACUGCUCUUGGGGGUGCGUGGUUAGCGGGCACCGCCCUGUGGAGACUACCAUCCCUGUGCCCGCUGCACCUUCCUCACCAGGCAGGGUUACGAAAAAAAGAAUACAAUUCUACUUUUGUUUUCAAGUGCGUUUUGUUCAAUACAUAAUGUACAGACUUGUGCUCUUAAUUAUUUUUUUUAACUUAUUUUCUACGUAAAGAUUGUGCAUUUGUAAAUAACCCAUGUAAUUAUGGUUUUAAACUUGUACAGGGAAAAAAUAAGUAAUAGAUAUUUUAAUCGUAAAAGGUUAUUGUUUUGUCUGGACCAAAGUUGUUUUUUUUUUAUAUUGAGUCGGUGUCAAGUUCCUUGUUAUUAUUGUUAGUCGAUGUUAUUGGCUUAACUCUUGAAGCAUGUGUUGAAUCGGAUUUGGUUCCGUUUGGUUCCGUUGUUUCUUCCGUCUCCAUUUCCCCUCUGGACUGGAGUUGGAUCCAGGCAUCACAACGAAGGUGUUAAUUCUAAUGGAGUUGGAUCCAGGCACCACAACGAGGUGUUCGUUCUAAUGGAGUUGGAUCCAGGCACCACAACGAGGUGUUCAUUCUAAUGGAGUUGGAUCCAGGCACCACAACGAGGUGUUCAUUCUAAUGGAGUUGGAUCCAGGCACCACAACGAGGUGUUCAUUCUAAUGGAGUUGGAUCCAGGCACCACAACGAGGUGUUCGUUCUAAUGGAGUUGGAUCCAGGCACCACAACGAGGUGUUCAUUCUAAUGGAGUUGGAUCCAGGCACCACAACGAGGUGUUUAAUUCUAAUGGAGUUGUGAUUUUUGGAUGCUGCUGUUGUCGUUGCAGGCUGGUAGCUGUUACUCCCCAGAAGAAGCUGUACCGGUGAAAGUUCAGUUAAACCUUUUAAAAAAAAAGUCAUUCGUCGUCAUUCGCUCCCCUUCGUUUGCAACAGAGUGCAUCUGAAAUGGCACCCUAUUCCCUAUAUAGUACACUACCUUUCAUCAGGAACAUAUACUGGCUCUAGUGAAAAGUAGUGCACUAUAUAGGCGAUAGGGUGCCAUUUGGGAUACUGGAACACUCCGUGUACAGCCUCUCUAUCCCGUGUGUGUGUGUGUGUGCGUGUGUGUGUGUGGUCCGGUGGGUGUGUCAUUAAAAAAUACAACGUUUGUUGUGACUUCUAUUAGGAGAAGAAAAUACCCAUCCUUUUCCAGUUUUAAUGUGAGAAUUUAAUGCAACAAAACCUAUUUUUUCAAAUGUCAUUUUGAACAGAAGUUCUAAAAAAAUAUGUCUAUUUUAAUAUUUACUUGUUACAUGACAUGUACAUAUUUGUAAUAUAUAUAUAUAUAUAUAUAUAAUUGAAUAAAUUUUAUUGGUUGUGAAUUCAA